CAAGUGACCUGUGUUGCCAGAUAGAUUUCCCGCCCAAUCUGGCAACACUGGUCACAUGUCAGGAGAGGAUGACGCGGAUGACCGCGAAGACAAGAUGGCGGAUUGUGAUGAACUCCCGAGCUUCAAGUGUUGUUGGACCCAGCUGGAGUGUUCCUGAACCCUGCAUUCUGCUGAGGGACUCGAGGUGUCUCGAGAACCGCUGGAGCCCCCGGAUAGUAGCUCACUGCCCCCCUCUCCCCGGGAUUAAAGACCAGGCUGACCCUGACCCCAUCUGCUGACCCCUGACCCCAUCUGCUGACCCCGUCUUCUGACCCCUGCCCCCCCGACCCCGUCUCCUGGCCCGGUUUCAGCUAGGUCCGCAGUGUUCUCCCAAGGAGCUGGGAGUUCAGGGAACCCGGAUAUUUCUACAGGAGUCCCCUUGUCUCGGUGUUGCUCCAGUGUGACGAGCUGGUGACCUCCUGGUGACCUCCUGGUGACCUCCAGGACCAGCAGCAGGAUGAACCUCCAGCAGCCGGCCCCUCUCCCGCCCCCCGUCCACCCUGACGUGCAGAUGAAGGCGCUGCCGUUCUACGACGUGCUGGACGUGCUGAUCAAGCCCUCCAGCCUGGGAGCGAGCACAGUCCAGCGCUACCACCAAGAGAAGUACUUCAUCUUCGCCCUGACGCCGCAGCAAGUACGAGAGAUUUGCAUCUCCAGAGACUUCCUCCCAGGAGGCCGGCGGGACUACAUGGUUCAGAUCCAGCUGAGGUUUUGUCUGUCUGAGACCAGCUGUCCUCAGGAGGAUAACUACCCCAACAGCCUGUGCAUCAAGGUCAACGGGAAGCUGUUCCCCCUGCCGGGUUAUGCCCCGCCUCCUAAGAACGGCGUGGAGCAGAAGCGGCCAGGAAGGGCGCUCAACAUCACCUCCUUGGUACGCCUGUCGUCGGCCGUGCCCAAUCAGAUCUCUGUGACCUGGGCACCGGAGAUCGGAAAGACCUACUCCCUGUCGGUGUAUCUGGUGAGGCAGCUGACGUCGCCGCUGCUCCUCCAGAGGCUGAGGAUGAAAGGCAUCCGGAACCCCGACCACUCCAGAGCUCUGAUCAAAGAGAAGCUGACCGCAGACCCGGACAGCGAGAUCGCCACCACCAGCCUCCGCGUGUCCCUCAUGUGCCCGCUGGGGAAGAUGCGGCUGACCGUGCCGUGCCGGGCCCUGACCUGCUCCCACCUGCAGUGCUUCGACGCCGCGCUCUACCUGCAGAUGAACGAGAAGAAGCCCACCUGGAUCUGCCCCGUGUGCGACAAGAAGGCCGCCUACGAGGGCCUCAUCAUCGACGGCCUGUUCAUGGAGAUCCUGAACGACUGCUCUGACGUGGACGAGAUAAAGUUCCAGGAGGACGGGACCUGGUGUCCCAUGAGGCCCAAGCAGGAGGCGCUGAAACUGUCAUCCCAGUGCAUCCCCAAAGUAGAAGCGUCGGCCCCCCUGCGGCCCAGCCCGGCGGUGGUUUCGGUCUGCUCGGAGCCGUCCUCGCCUUCCACCAAGAAGGCUGACGUCAUCGACCUCACCCUGGACAGCUCGUCCUCCUCUUCCUCAGAGAACGAGGAGGAGGAGGAGGACCCCCCCCCUAAGAAACGCUGCCUCUACAUGACCAAGACUGAGGACGUGCACGGCAAGGGAGUGUUGACCUACCAGCCGUCGUCGGUGCGAAUGCCCACCGUGCCCAGUCUGGACGCGCCCUACCUGAGCUCCACCCUGGCCGACUACGCUGUGCCCUUCCACCACUCCUCCCUGGCCUCCAUCCCCACAGACAUGCAGAGUAGGCCUACAGCCUUCCACCACUCCUCCCUGGCCUCCAUCCCCACAGACAUGCAGAGUAGGCCUACAGCCUUCCACCACUCCUCCCUGGCCUCCAUCCCCACAGACAUGCAGAGUAGGCCUACAGCCUUCCACCACUCCUCCCUGGCCUCCAUCCCCACAGACAUGCAGAGUAGGCCUACAGCCUUCCACCACUCCUCCCUGGCCUCCAUCCCCACAGACAUGCAGAGUCUGGAUCUGUUCUCCCUGAUUCAAGCAGAUUCCCAGCACUACCGGGCCCCCAUGUUCCUGGACACCCUGUCCGGGGGCCUACCCGGCGGGGGGGCCAGCGGCUCGGCCCUGGUGACCUCGUCCAGCACACGCUACGAGCCCGGCCUCCAUGGGGGGGCGGGGCUCCACGGGGCGGGCCCCCCCCCCCACGAGACCUGCGUCAUCACCGGGGGGGGCGGGGGGCCUGGCAGCAUCUCAGACAUCAUCUCCCUGGACUGAGCCGGACCCCCGGGCCCGGAGGAGAGCUGGGACUGGGCCCUGGACUCACCCAGACCCCCGGGCCCGGAGGAGAGCUGGGACUGGGCCCUGGACUCACCCAGACCCCCGGGGCCCAGAGGAGAGCUGGGACUGGGCCCUGGACUCACCCAGACCCCCGGGGCCCAGAGGAGAGCUGGGACUGGGCCCUGGACUCACCCAGACCCCCGGGGCCCAGAGGAGAGCUGGGACUGGGCCCUGGACUCAUCCAGACCCCCGGGGCCCGGAGGAGAGCUGGGACUGGGCCCUGGACUCACCCAGACCCCCGGGGCCCAGAGGAGAGCUGGGACUGGGCUCUCUGAACCUCCGGUGGGCGGGACUCCGGACCCACGGCAGCAGGGCGUGUCCCAGCGCUCCCAUUGGCUCCCUGAGGAAGGCUAAAGGUCCCAGCGCUCCCAUUGGCUCCCUGUGGAAGGCUAAAGGUCCUAGCGUUCCCAUUGGCUCCCUGUGGAAGGCUAAAGGUCCUAGCGUUCCCAUUGGCUCCCUGAGGAAGGCUAAAGGUCCUAGCGUUCCCAUUGGCUCCCUGAGGAAGGCUAAAGGUCCUAGCGUUCCCAUUGGCUCCCUGAGGAAGGCUAAAGGUCCUAGCGUUCCCAUUGGCUCCCUGAGGAAGGCUAAAGGUCCUAGCGUUCCCAUUGGCUCCCUGAGGAAGGCUAAAGGUCCUAGCGUUCCCAUUGGCUCCCUGAGGAAGGCUAAAGGUCCUAGCGUUCCCAUUGGCUCCCUGAGGAAGGCUAAAGGUCCUAGCGUUCCCAUUGGCUCCCUGAGGAAGGCUAAAGGUCUUUUCUGUAUCCCAGAGCAAUAACAGAUCAGUCCUGUGUUGCAUUCAAAUCCCCUUUGAAGUGUAGUUAAAAGGGCACAUGUCAUUUCACUGUGCCUGAAAAAAAGUCUAUUUGUGAUAUCCAAUCAAAGGUCCAAUUUAAUACCGUUGAAUAAUUGUUUUUCUUUAGUUUGAUUGGCCGUUAAUUGAAUAAGGGCCCAACAUCGCACCGUCACAUCGCAAUCCCGCCUUCGGUUUGGGAAUCAGAGGAGCAUGGGAGGUGGGUUGUCAUGGUGAUAGUCAUGGGAGGUAUGUUGUCAUGGUGAUAGUCAUGGGAGGUAUGUUGUCAUGGUGAUAGUCAUGGUUUUGGGGUCAUUGCUUAAUUGUUUGGGAAAUGAUAUCUAUUUGGGAAAAGCCCCUAACCCUAAUCCUGUUCUUCAAGAAGGUAUCUUUACGUUGGUUUGAGCCCUGACAGGAGACCUCUCUAGACGCCUCAACGUGGCCGCCAGGGUCCUACAGGACCUCCCAGGACGCGCUCUGAGGGCGCUCUGUCGGGAGCGGGGAUUGUUUUUAAUCGUAUGGGAUUCCCUCUGGUCCGUGUCGUGUGAGGACCACAUGUGAUGUGACAACCACAGAACUUGAAGAUGUUCCAGCGUCUGCCACGAUUAUUCUGUCCCGUCGUGUUCGGUUUCUUAAUUCCUCCACAGAACAUUUCUUCCCUUGUUGGAUGUUUUAUUUCAGGCUGUGAUGGACGUUGGAAGGAUUUGUUUUGAUGGUAUUCUGUUUUAAUAUUUGAUACCGUGGGACCAGAAACACAUUUCCUCAGACGCGCCUCCGCUCCACUGACAGGCGGUCUGAGGAAACUUCGGGAAACCCCUGCAAUAGAACCCGGAUCGGGGUCUAUUGGAGGACCCGGGGUCUGGUGUGGUGGUAGGGUUGUAACUAGGGGUUGAACGGUAGGUGGUCCUGGCAGAACCCUGGGACGAUGUGCGGGGGGGGGUGGGAACGAAAAGCUGUGAAAGCUGUCUGAUCCUUCCGGUCUGAUCUGAACUCUAUGAAUAAAAUGUGUUUUUGUA